CCGUCAUCAGCGUCUUUUGUUAAUAACAUAAGCUGAUAAGAAUGUUGUUGUUAUUGGUUUUAUCACUUUUAAUUUUUGAUGGGCACGCAAGUCUUCCUCCUGGAACUCAAACGUGUAGAUUCAAUUUUGAGAGACCUUUCGGAUGUCACAUUCGACCUUUGCCAUCAAGUUACAUAUACAUUCAGAGGACUGAACUCAGUGAUCCUGUGAAUGGUACACAAUCACCAUUUGAUAUUAUUAAUGCAUAUUCAAGUUUUGUUGUGGAUGAGAUAUUACCAGAUAUGUGCAGUUACUUUAAAAGUGUGUCUUCUUGCAUGAAGGCUAGAAAAGGUCAGGUGCGAAGAGCUUGUAUGAAUAUAGAACCACACCUGAUUGGGGUACACCAGGCAUAUCAAAAUUUAACCUCGGCAUUUUGUGACCAUUUAACACCAGAUGUUUUUAGAAAGAUGAUAGAAUGUGGCAACGAUGAUAAUUCACUUUUAGCGACGUUCACAAGCUGCAUGUAUGGAGCUUAUAACUAUGUAGUGCAACAUAAGAACAGGGAAAAGUGCAGUGUUAUCCCGCGGUUUCGGGAUUGUUUGUUACAGUUUGAGGACUGUGCACCGAGUGCCACAUGGAGCUUGGUGACUGUGUUGAAUGGGAAUCAGAACGAUAUGUGUUUGAUGUUGAAACAAAUGACAAAUGGCAGAAGCAAUAACGUCCAACGACAAUGAAUCAAUCCAAGGUUAAGGACAUCACUAUAUAUUAUCAAAAAAAUUCUCUGAUGUCAAUACUAUCCAUCUUAUUUUAGUUAAUAUUACGAAAUGUAUUAUAUUAUUCCAGUUUCACGCCCAGUUGGUGAAUGUUCCGGAAUUUUUAAUGUUUAAUUAAAUACACAACAUUAACAAUUCUUUGUUAAUUAGAACUAAAAAGUUGUAUCAUCCUAAUAAAAGCCGCAAGUUUAGCUCUUUACCGUUCAGUUGAAA